AUGGACUCAGUCCUAUCAAAUUCUCAGGGAGCUCGCUCCCAAUCUCAGAUCCCAUCGGAUCAAAUCACUUCGGAUGUCAGCAGUGCCAAAACUGCAGACACAUCGAAAAACCCGAUCACCUCGCCAACUGGCAGCAGCCAAACUGCUAGUAGAUCGAGCGUCCUGAUCGAUCCGGUUAUCACCUCCGCGGCAGCGAACUCGAAUGUUCCAGCCCGCGUGAAACCAUCGGUGAUCAACCUCGUCACUCCUGUGACAGCCGAGAACUCGAUUCUACCGAAUCAGAUCUCGCACGCAAUUGAGAAACCUCAUUUGCGGAUUCGGGUCAAAUCUAAAGAUUUCCCGAUUACCUCGACACCGAUCAGUCGGAAAUCCGACGCAAACUGUGUCAACAUCGUUUGCCUUGGCUCGACCGAAUCCGGACGACCAAGCCCGAAUCAAGCGAAUGCUCACCGACCUGAUUAA